AUGGGGCUGAAGCACACUUUACACCUUGAAGAAUGUAUCAGAGAUAGCAGCGAGCGCAGAAGCGUCUGUGCAGUUCGGCGCACUCAGCACGCAGAGGGCAGUCGGCACAGCAGCAGCAGUCUUUCCUCUGCAAGCGGCGACCCGGAAGCAAAGGAUGCUGGCCGGCUAGCGGCGAGCGGCUGCGGCUGGCUGAGGCUGCGCAGCGCCCAGGCAGACGCGGCCACCAUGCGGCCCCGCGCGCUCGCCUCGCUCAUCGCGGUGGUGUCGCUGGCCGCCUGCCUGACGGCGCCGUCCCAGACCAGCGCGAUGCACUCCUCCAGGCCAGGCGGCGGCGGCGGCGGCCGGCGGUCGCAGCGCUCCAGGGACCACCACGCGCUGUGA